AUGCAAAUAUUCAUGAUAGUGUUAACUUUAGGUGUGGGUUAUGCACAAAUACAAAAUCCUACAGUACAACAUGCUAAACUACACAAUGACUUGUCUGAGAGAAUCGGUAACUUUUCCAUAGAAGUUUUGUACCAUACAGCGAAGCUGUUGCCUGAGGGAGAGAAUUUUAUUAUGUCUCCCUUCACCGUUUGGAACGUACUUGCUGCAAUCGCCGAGGGUGCUUUCGGAUUAACGAGAACUGAGAUCGAGCACGCCAUUAGAUUGCCACCAAAUGACGAGAAUAGAACUCAAUACAGUAUCAAGAACAUCACCAAAUGGUUGAAAGUGAACACUGACACGGUCCAACUAUCAAAAGUAAACACAAUGUUUGUCGAUAAAAACCGUCUACCGUUGGCCGAAUACCAACAAAAUGUGAAAGAUGAAUAUGAGAUGGAUGUAAUUGCCUUGGAUUUUAAGGAUAGUGCUACAAGAGCAAAUGCCCUCAACAAUGCCAUCUCGAACUUUACUCACGGAUUGAUACCAAAAAUUGUGGAGCCUGAGUACUUUCAAAAUACAGCUAUGGUCUUGACUAGUGCUUUAUACUUCAAAGGACAGUGGACAAUGCCAUUCAAUGCAUCAUCUACUACAAAGAUGCCCUUUUAUGAUAGCCAAGGAAAGAAAAUUGGAGAUGUAAACAUGAUGUAUAAUAGAUACACAUAUCCAUUUUCUAACUUCAAAGAGUUACAAGCGAGAGUGGUAGAACUACCCUAUGGCAAAGAGAAUAGGCUCUCUAUGCUUAUAAUGUUGCCAAACCCAGGUGUGUCUGUUGAAGAUAUGUUCAAAAACUUCCAGAAAUAUGAUCUAGACACAUUCUUUGAAGAACUAAGAGUGUCAAAAGAAGAAUAUUCCGAUGAUGAAAUUGAUUGUUUCCUUCCCCGUUUCAAAAUUGAAUCCGACAUAGAUUUAACAAAUGUAUUAAAACAUAGUUUUGGAAUUCAACAAGUUUUUACCCCAAAGGCUUUCUUACCACAAAUUGCAAGAACGCCAUUGUAUGUAUCUAAAAUAGUUCAUAAGGCUCGUAUAGAAGUUACUGAGGAGGGUACCACGGCUGCCGGUGUGACCGUGGCUGAAUUUAGCAACCGUAUUGGGAUAGUACAGUUUCAAGCAAAUAGACCUUUCACAUACAUUAUUAUAGAGAAAGUAACAAAUUCUAUUGUAUUUGGUGGAUUUUAUAAGACACCCUCACUGUACUGA